CUCUAAAAAUUAUUUUAACUAAACCAGUCAAGCCAGUUUAAGUAAAAGUGAAACUCCAUUUAGUGACGAUUGGACUGUAAAAGGUUCUCAGGAGAAGAACACAGUUUAUAGGUAUAAUCUGUUGGAGGAGACAUGGCCUCCAAAAUGAGUGUGUCUGGGGAGCAAGACACAGAGAAAGGCGAGAGAUCAGACUCACCUGAACCCAGUUGUGUGUCCAUGAGGAGUGACAAGUCAAUGAACCGUCCAAUACACUUCAGAGACAGAGACAGUACUACUGAUCUGAGGCUGCAAAAGGAUUCAGAUACCACACACAGCAACCUACUGGAGUCUAUAUUUAAGGAGCUGGAGCACAGAGUCAUCAGUCUGAUAAAGAAUGAGCUGAAGAGAUUUAAGAAGCUCCUGAGUCCAGAUUACCCAGCAUGCUCUGAGAGGGAGGUGGAGGAGGAGGAGGAUCAGAGCAGUGUCAGAGAGGGAGUGCUGAAGAUCACACUGCACUUCCUGAAGAACAUGAACCACACAGAUCUCGCUAACACACUGCAGAACAAACUCGCCCCUGCCUACCAACAAAAACUCAAAUCCACACUGAGAGAGAAAUGUAAAAGAAUUAAUGAAGGAAUCUCACAGCCUGGAAGUUCAGCACUUCUGAAUGAGAUCUACACAGAUCUCUACAUCACAGAGGGGUGGAGUGGAGACGUCAAUAAUGAACAUGAGGUGAGACAGAUUGAGACAGCGUCCAGGAGACCAGCAGCACAGGAGACACCCAUCAAAUGUAAAGAUCUCUUUAAAGACAAGUCCAUCAGAAGAGUGCUGACUAAAGGAGUUGCUGGAAUUGGAAAAACAGUCUCUGUGCAGAAGGUCAUUCUGGACUGGACUGAAGGAAAAGCAAAUCAGGACGUCACCUUCAUGUUUCCACUUCCCUUUAGAGAGCUGAAUCUGAUGAAGCAGGAACAUCUCAGUCUGAUGGAUCUUCUUCAUCACUUUUUCCCAGAAAUAAAAGAAUUAGAAUUAAUAGACUGUGAGAUCAACAAAGUCCUGUUCAUCUUUGAUGGUCUGGAUGAGUGUCGACUUCCUCUAAAUUUCCAGAAGAAUGAGAGACUGUGUGAUGUGACAGAGUCAGCCUCAGUGGAUGUGCUGCUGACGAACCUCAUCAAGGGGAAUCUGCUUCCCUCUGCUCUCCUCUGGAUCACCUCUCGACCAGGAGCAGCCAAUCAGAUCCCUCCUGAGUGUGUAGACCAGGUCACAGAGGUACGAGGGUUCAGUGAUCCUCAGAAAGAGGAGUACUUCAGGAAGAGGAUCAGUGAUCAGAGCCUGGCCAAUAAAAUCAUCUCACACAUGAAGUCUUCAAGAAGCCUCUACAUCAUGUGCCACAUCCCAGUCUUCUGCUGGAUCUCAGCCACUUCACCCAACAUUCUAGAGAGAAUGUUGGGUGGAGCAGAGAGUGGAGAGAUCCCCAAGACUCUGACUCAAAUGUUCACACACUUCCUGAUCUUUCAGAUCAAACACAAGGACCAAAAGUACCAUCAGAAAUGUGACCCUGAUCCUCAGCAGACCAGAGCGAGUAUCCUGGCACUGGGGAAACUGGCUUUCCAGCAGCUGGAGAAAGGAAACCUGAUCUUCUAUGAGGAAGACCUGAGAGAGUGUGGCAUUGAUGUGAAAGAAGUGUCAGUGUACUCAGGAGUGUGUACCCAAAUCUUCAGAGAGGAGUUUGGGCUUCACCUGGGGAAGGUGUUCAGCUUUGUACAUCUGACUGUUCAGGAGUUUCUGGCUGCUUUAUACGCAUUUCUCUCCUUCAUCAGCAGAAAUGUAACAGAACACCAAACUGAUCUGUCUGAUCUUCUCACCAAGUCAGACAUGUCUGAUUUCCUGAGGAGUGCAGUGGACAAGGCCUUACAGAGUGAGAACGGACACCUGGACCUGUUCCUCCGCUUCCUUCUGGGUCUCUCACUGGAGUCCAAUCAGACUCUCUUACGAGAACUACUGCCCCAGACAGGAAGCAGUUCUCACAGCAAACAGGAAACAGUCGAGUACAUCAAGGAGAAGAUCAGGGAGAAUCCAUCUCCAGAGAAAUCCAUCAAUCUGUUCCACUGUCUGAAUGAACUGAAUGAUGAUUCUCUAGUGCAGGAAGUCCAACAUUACCUGAACAGAAGAGGUGACUGGUGUCUCAGUGAAGACAGACUCUCUCCUGCUCAGUGGUCAGCUCUGGUGUUUGUGUUGCUGACCUCAGAAGAGGAUCUGGAUGAGUUUGUUUUGAGGAAUUAUCAGAUAUCAGAUGAAUGUGUUCUGGGGAUGAUGCCAGUAUUGAAAGCAGCAAGAAAGGCAGAUCUGUCUCAGUGUAAUCUCAAAGAGGAUGCCCGUAGAGCUCUGUCCUCAGUUCUCAGCUCACCCUCCUCCAGUCUGAGAGAACUGGACCUGAAAUGUAAUUAUACCCUGCGGGAUUCAGGAGUGAAGCUGCUCUCUCCUGGACUGGAGAGUCCACACUGUAAACUGGAGAUACUGAAUCUGCGUGAGUGUAUGCUCACAGAGGAAAGCUGUAGAGUUCUGUCCUCAGUUCUCAGAUCAAACUCCUCCAGACUGAGAGAACUGGACCUGAGUAUUAAUAACCUGCAGGAUUCAGGAGUGAAGCUGCUCUCUGCUGGACUGGAGGAUCCACACUGUACACUGGAGACACUGGGGUUGGUAGGCUGCAGUAUUACAGGUGAAGGCUUUGCUGCUCUGGUUUCAGCUCUGAUGUUAAACCCCUCAUCACACCUGAGAGAACUUCAUGUGUACUGGAAUUAUCCAGGAGAAUCAGGAGUGAAACUACUUUAUGAUCUACUGGAGCAUCCACACUGUAAACUGGAGAUGAUAAAGUUGGAGCCGUUUUUUAGUCUCAGACACAGAUGAUUAUGAGGAUAAACAUAAUGCAGUACAAAGUGUUGUAAAGAACAGCUGAAACUGUGAUGUCUUACUUUUCUCAUUUAUUGAUAAUGAUGAAGUUAAGAUUCUGCUUUUUUAAUGUUUUGUUCUGGUUAAUCAGAUGGUGUAUGUAAGAAUGCACCUGUCAGAGCUUUAUUUUUCUCCACUGUUUCAUGUUUACAAUCAGAGAAGUAAUAAAGUAAACCUACAUCUGUGUAAUCUAAUAUCAUGUAGCUACAAUACAGAAACUCAACAGUAAUGAAUCUUUUCGUAUUCAAAAUUUUUAACAGUAAACAGCACUUUACUGUACAUAUCAUGUGCCUUUUAAUUCAGAUUUGUCUCUAUACAAAGCCUUACAAUAGUUAUAACUGAAUAUCUCUCUCUCUCUCUCUCUCUCUCUCUCUCUCUCUCUCUCUCUAUAUAU